AUGGGACUCGAAAUGCGUCCAAGGGCUUCGGGGCCACUCAGAAUCCUCUCGCUUGAUGGUGGUGGGAUUCGGGGAAUCUCGAGUCUACUGAUCCUAGAAAGGAUCAUGGAAAGGAUCCGCGAUGUUCAUCAUCUUGAUUAUACCCCACGCCCGUGUGACCAUUUCGACUUGAUCGGGGGUACAAGCACUGGAGGGAUCAUCGCUAUUAUGCUGGGUCGGCUGGGAAUGACCGUGGAUGAAUGCAUUCGAGCAUACCGAAAGGUCGCGGAGCGUGCUUUUACUCGCAAGGCACAUGCCAUUAUUCCAGCACGGCCCAGGGGAGCUUUCUCUGCGCGCGCACUGCAGGAGGCUAUCAAACAGGUCGUUCGGGAGUUCUGCACAGACAAAGAAUGUGUGGAACGUCGGCGCAAUGGUCUCUCUAUAACUGACUGUCAACACUCUGAUCUACCGUUCCGUGAGCAGACAUGCACCAAAACGGUUGUUCUUGCGGUUACGAAAGUGAAUAUUGACGCGGGACCUACGCUCUUUCGCACAUACGACAAAUCCACUGCGCUUGAUGGCUGUGCUAUUUGGGAAGUGGCCCGCGCUACCUCAGCUGCAUCCACGCUCUUCAAGUCAAUUAGACUUGGUCGAGACAACAUCGAGUACAUUGAUGCAGGAUUCGGCUAUAACAACCCAUGCGAACAGCUUAUUGCAGAAGCUAAGAAGGUGUUCCUUGGACGUAGCGAUAUGCAGACUCUGAGUAUCGGAACCGGCAUUGGAGAUGUGGUCGGCAUAAAAAAUGGGCGCCUGUCAAUCAUUGGUGCACUGAAGAGGAUGACUACGUCCCCCAACAGGGUAAACACCAACAUGGAAGACUACCAUGGCGACAGCGGCCAGUAUUUUCGAUUCAAUGUGCAACAUGGCCUUGGGGAUAUCUCUUUGUCAGAUUGGAAGCAGGCUAGCAGGAUAUCUGCAUACACAACCAUUUAUCUCUCCGAGAAGUCCAAGGAUAUCGAGAAAUAUGUGAAGACGUUUGGGGCAAGGAGUCAACAAAAUGAGCUGAAUGAACCUCAGUUUACGAAGAUUCUAAUAGUCGACCCUGUUCAAAAAGUUGACGCGGUUCUAGGCAAGCCAAAGGCCUACCAUAUGAUCCCCUUUGUUGCAAAUGAAGACUUCACUGGACGUGAGAUUGUACUGGGCAGGCUGCAAGAAAGGCUCUUUCUUCAAAAGACUGCCCGUAAAGUGGCCUUAUACGGACUGGGAGGCAUUGGCAAAACUCAGGUUGCCUUGCACUUUGCCUAUUGGGUAAAGAACAACAUGCCACAGUAUUCGAUAUUUUGGAUCCCGGCAUUCAGCGAAGCCAGCUUUGAGCAAGCGUGUACGGGUAUUGUGAGGGACAUUGGUAUCCAGAGAGUAAAGCAAGAUGAAAACGAUAUGGAGAUGGUUCGUCGGUAUCUUCGCUCCAAGGAAGCUGGGCCGUGGCUCUUCAUUGUGGAGAAUGCAGACGAUUACGACAUGUUAUUUGGAAGCGACGCUGUGCGAGGUCGGCUUUGCAAACACUUUCCCGCCAGUGACACCGGCGUUAUCUUGCUUACCACCCGGUUCAGUCGGGUGGCGCAAUGUUUCACGUCACAGAGAGAUACAAUCCAACUCUUGCCAAUGAAAGCAAAUGAAGCGAUUGCUUUCUUCGAAAAACUCGUGGCAAAUACUCUCAUCCACGAUCGAAAGAUGACAGAAAAGCUACUCGAAGAGCUCAGCUGGCUGCCUUUGGCUAUCAAACAGGCAGCUUCCUACAUUGAUUCCACCAAUAUAUCAAUUUCACGUUAUCUCGAGCUUAUGCAUGGUAUAGACGAAGACAAAAAAACCCCCGCGAGUAGUCAUUUUCAUGAUGACACUCGCUACCCGCAGCUGCAGAAUGCUAUUGCUCAAACAUGGCGUAUAUCAUUUGAAAAGAUCAAAAGGUCAGAUCCUAUCGCCGCUGAUAUACUGCAGUUCAUGUCUUGCAUUGCGCCGAAAGCCAUUCCACGGUCUCUCCUGCCUUUGUACAAAUCGGAAGCGCAAACUGAAUCCGCAAUCAAUACGCUAUGUGAAUAUGCAUUGGUGACCAGAGGGACAGGUGGAGUCACGCUUGAAAUUCACGAUAUAGUCCAGCUCGCAACGCUAUGGUGGAUUGACCAAAAAGGCGAAGCGUUAGAGACGACCAGGAAGGUCACGCAGCGUAUGGUCAAGACAUUCUCACCGCGGGGCCAGAUCAAUGAACAUACGAGGAGGGCACUCAUCUCAAAAGUUGUGUCCUGCCUCACAGAUGAUGGCAGGGGGGAAAAGGCCAUGGAAUUACUGAAGGAAAAAGACAAAUGGGACCAAACCCGCUAUUGUGAAGAACAUCCCUCUGGGCUGAGAACUCAAAUAUUUCUCACUGGGGCAUAUGCAGCAGAUAGGCAGACAGAAAAGGCCAUGAAGCUGAGCGAGUAUAUCUCCCCGGCGAAAGAGAGAGGAAUGCAAGAAGCUCACUCUGAGCAAGUGCUUUCAGAAUGGCUUGGAGCGCAGAUGAGCAAGCUCAGAAAGCAGCAGAGCUCUUCGGAUAUUUUGGCGAGACGGAAUUAUCUGAGACAGCAGAGAAACCAGUCAGCAAAGCGCGCCCUAACCUACGAGAGUGUCAGCCUCAACUCGAAAUACCUUGUGGACAGCUCGGAAGAUCAUGCAGGCGAGAGAGUCACUCAGACAGGUGGUUAUGAUCGGGCAGAGACAUUCCGCCCAAGAGGGAUUCAUCUCUACUAG